GGCCAUCCAUAAUUAGAAACUUUUUCAAGUAAUUUUAUCUUGAAAAUACCCCAACUUUAUCAUGAAAGGGGAGAGAAGUUGUUGAGAAAGAAAAAGGAAAAAAAAAAGAAGGAAGAAGAGGAGCUAUGGGUUUAGAUGGUGGUCUGUCAUGGGCAGAUCAAUGGGAUUCCAACCCUGACCCAGGCCCUCCACCAUCGUCGACAGAAAACGGGAAGAAAAAGAAGAAGAAGAAGGAGGAGGGGGGAUCCUCCUCGUCAGAGAAGAGCAUAUUUAAGAAGGCAAGCUUGAAGUGGAUAAAGGAAUUGCGAAAGAAAUCUGAAAAAUCUUGAAAAACUGAGCUUUUUACUUGCUUUCUUAUUUCUCCUUCUCGUUUUCCCAAAUUCUUCCGUUAUCCCAUGAAUUCUGCAUCUGUUAUUAUUAUUUUUUCUUUCUUUUUCGAAUG